GUAUUGCAUUUUUUAUUCUGCAUUGCCCAAAAAAAAAAAAAAAAAGAGCAAAUACCAAACCCGCUGCCUAAGUGUAUGGUUUAUUUUAUUCUAUUCCAUUAUUCCAAAUGGGCAAUUUUUUUUCUCUAUAAAUUCAACCCCUGAAUCCCAUCAAAACCUCUUCCUUUUCUCAUCUUAUCCUCCUCUUUUUCUUUUUAGCAAAUUCCUUUGUUGUUAUCUUCUCUUGCCAAUAGAAUUAGAGGUUACCCUGCCCAUAGUCUUUGACAUCCUUUUCCAAGCUCUGGAUUUUUCUUCUACAUAUAUUGUCUCAUCUAUACAAUAAUCUUCUACCGUUAUACAUCUACACAAUCUUCUCCAUAUCCAUCAGCCUUUGAAAGUUUGAUUUGUUGCUCUUACUUUCACAAAGAAAUUUUGGUUUGUUUUGUUCAUAUAUUUACAAUUAGCCAGUUAUGAAUGAUUGAGAGACAAAACAAAUGUCUCCAGUAAUCUGUGAGAUCCUCCUCUCUGGUUUUAUGAUAAACUCCACUCUCAGACGCAGGACUCACUUGGUUCAAUCUUUCUCUGUUGUUUUCCUCUACUGGUUCUACGUUUUCUCAUGAACUAUAUAAACCUCAUUUCUUUUCAUAAACACAUCUUGACUUGGCUCUUUUUUUCCUUUUGAAUACAUUAAUUACCAUUAUAUUCAAUCUAUAAAACUAGCUAGGAAAUAGUAUUAUUAUUAUUAUUAUUAAUUAUUGCAUAGCAUAUAUAUGGCUUCACCUAGUGGAGCUUAUUCACCUGGUUCAAGCUCUCUUCAAAACUCUGCAUCUGGUUCUGAUGGAGACAUGCAGCAACAGCAUAUCAUGGAUCAAAGGAAAAGGAAGAGAAUGCUGUCCAAUAGAGAAUCAGCACGUAGAUCAAGGAUGAAGAAACAGCAACACCUGGAUGGUCUUAUUGCUAUAGCGGAUCAGCUUAAGAAUGAUAAUAACCAAAUCAACAAUAGCAUAGGCAUCACCACACAGUUGUACCUGAACGUUGAAGCUGAGAAUGAAAUUCUCAGGACUCAGAUGGCAGAACUAAGCAACAGGUUGCAGUCUCUCAAUGAAAUCAUUGGUUACAUAAACUCAAGCAGUUACCUCUUUGAUGAAUCUCAGGAGACUCAUUUCAAUGAUUGUGGUGGCUUCAUGGACACAUGGAACUCUCUAUCUCCUCUCAAUCAACCAAUCAUGGCCUCUGUUGACAUGUUGAUGUAUUGAUUGGUUCAUGAAUUUGGAUUUGGAAUUACAUGAAUGAUGGUUGCUUCUUGGUGCUAAUUGAUUGUAACACC